AUGACAAUUACAAGCAAGGAAAUUAUAGAAGACAAUCAACAGGAACGACACCAGAUAAUCGAGGAGUGGCCAAGAUUAGCCGACCCAACCGGUUAUUUGUUGGUUGAUGCAGAUUUCACGACAUUGUUCGGGGUGAACAAAUCAUUAAAUUUAUUCAACGAGUGGGACAAAUUUUGUAUCGACUUUGAAAAAUAUAUCAAACAGUCGCCAAUUAAGGAUAAGUCCAGUUUGGUACUUUCAAAACAACUAGAAUCGAAAGAGUUACAAAAAGAUUAUAGAUACUAUGUUAUCUCCGUUUUAUUCCAUGCCGUAAUAAAACCAAUCCGAACAGCAGACAAUAAAUUGCCAACGAUUGCUCAAGCUCAGAACGAUCUCUGCUUCUUAUGUAAAAGUGAAAUCGAGUGCACUGAUGCCAUUAAAUCAAUGCGUGACGAUUUUAAUACUGCUCAGAAACCACUAUUUCCACGCCUUAUAGCAAUCAAAGAGGAAGAAUCGUUGACGAAGUUCUACGUUGUGUGCAACGGACUUGAAUUUAAACUGCCUACAUUUUUGCGUGCCAUCGACGUUGCUCUUAAACUGAAAUUCGUAUUGAAUUUGCAGUUUGCUGAAAGUACGGAAUUGUUUUGGGGAUUCGUAGCACGUUAUUUCUAUCAAAUCAAUUACCAAAAUAAGUCAAAGAACAACCAACUUUUGCUGCUAGAACGUUAUUUAUUAAGCCAGCAACAAACAUGACCGGAAUUGCCUGCUUCAAGUGCAAACAAAUUUUUAAACGUCCAGCGAACUAUUUCAAACACCUCACAAAUAUUCAUGGAGUAUCAUCUUAUUCUAAACUCAUAUGCACUGCAUG